UUUUUUUUCAGAAAGUUUUCUUAAAUCAAUCAUUUUAAUUUAUUCAGGAAAUCUUCAAAUACCUAACCGCAGACAAAAAGAAACUGUUUCAAAUCUAGUACCUAACAGUAGACAAAAUGUUCCAUACCCAAUCAAGAUGGGAUGAGGAUAUUCAGGGGUGGAAUUGGCACAUAAAAAAAUAAUAAAAACGAACCCAGUCUCAAUUUUCUAAUAAAAUCAAUGACCCCUUAGCAAAACUUUGGGAUUUGAAACCAUGGAAUUUAGUUGCACAUUGGGAUUUGAUUUGGGCUGCUGAAAACCGAAGACCAAUGGUGCAUCCUCCUCCUCCAGAAUUAGCAGGCCAGGCUAGGCCAGGCUAUGUGAACGUGAAACUGAGUGAAAAGGCCAGACCUUCUGUCUGAUGCGGACAGACAGACCUCAGCUAUACAGUUAUCCAGCACCUUUUUGUUUCCCAGUACUGUAUCAUCACGGUUUUGCUGCCUUCGCAAGCAAAAUAGUUGCUGAAACAUUGACAUUAAUCUUCACCUUUCAAAGUAAAUUGGAUAAAAUGUAUAGCAAAGCAGCACAGGUUGUAGCAAGUGGAUGCCCUCCUCCACCUUCUCCUGACUCAGAUAAGCUACACUUUCGUUACUAUAAUUGCACCACAGCACCUUACUUCACUUCUCUCCACCAACAGGCUAGCUACCAUGAUUAUAUAUAUAUAUAUAUAAACUCUCUCUAGCUAGCUCUUUGCAAAUCAAACGCUCAAGGAAACAAAUCAUCUACGUAUUUUUUUCAUUCUGUACAAUACAGGCCACACCUCUGCCCAACAAUGCAACAAUUUAUCUUAUUAUUCUGGCUCCUCUUCCUCCUCCAUACUUGCUCCAAAACAUUUUGCCAAUCACCAGCACAGUCACCAGUAGCGACUCAGACAAAGGCACCAGUGCCGCCGCCACCCCCAGCUGGCCCUACAGACACUAUCCAAAUCCUCUUAAAAGCUGGCCGCUUCUUAUCCUUUGUCCGCCUGAUGAAAGCUACCCAUGUGGAUACCCAGUUAUUUUCCCAGCUUAACAGCUCAACCGAUGGCAUAACCAUGUUUGCGCCAAAUGAUCACGCAUUUUCAAGCCUAGUUGCUGGGGCCGUAGACUCCUUAAACGAUAGGGGAAAACUCGAGUUUGUGCAAUUUCACAUACUACCAAGACUUCUUUCAAUUUCCGAUUUCCAGACUCUAAGUAACCCUGUAAAAACCCUGGCAGGAUCAGACCGGAAGUUCCCGCUUACUAUAACCACCAGUGAUCACUCAGUGACAGUAAGUUCAGGGCUUACGAAAACAAGCAUAUCAAACACUAUAUACACAGACAAGCAAGUUGCUAUUUAUGAGGUCGACAAGGUGCUAGUUCCUCAAGAUCUUUUCCCACCGGCGCCACCAGCUCCAGCACCGGCAAAGCCUCUCGCAAAGCCUGAUCCUGUUGCUCCCAGGGAUGCUUCUGGUGCACUAGUUACUGCUUUGCAGCAUCGUGUUAACGUUGUGCUCUUCGGGGCUGGCCUAUAUGUAGCUGCUCUUGUAAUGGAUCCAUAAGAUAUUUUUAAGUGGGGCCAAUGACUCGAAUGGUAUUUAUAAUUCUGGAUAAAAAAGUUGAACGAGCAAACCACAUAAAACUUGGUGAGAGAUUUUAUAAUUCUGCCUUUAUUUUUUUCUCUUGUUUUGUUUUACUUUUUCCGGAACGCCUGAUAUAAAUAAAUUUUAGUAAUUGACCUCAACCAACUAAACUGAGACAACAUAAAGGCUGAUUUAUUGAAAUGAAAAUACGGGAGCAAAUUGACAGCUGACCACAAAAAUAACCUCAGACUCCAUUAAACGAUCGUCCUGGAUACAUGUUUUGCACAGCAAAAGAAUCAAUGCAUUAUCCAAUUGGCACCCCACAUUCAUCAUAAAUUUCUACUUCCAGCCCUGGGCUGCUGCUGCUGCUCCUGCUCCUAACUAGUGAACCAACACCAGUACAUGUUGAUGAUGAGGGGGGAGGGGAGUUACAGAGUUAAGAGUUAUCAUUAGUUGUUUAGAAGUUGAAACGAGGAGGGAAACCGGUGAUGAAUCCGGCAAGUUCAGGCAGGAAAUGCUUGUUGCUAGCAACUUGCCAUUUUCUCCGUGAGGUGAGACACAGAGCCGCCAGCAUUUACCGAACUCCCCAAUUAUCAUAAAUGAAACCUCCUCAAAUCAUAUCAUCAAUUCUCUUGGCAAGAAGCUACCACUAAUUAUUGUUGGAUUUUCCAAGCCCAGCAUUUUAUCUUCUACAAUCUUAUUUUUUCCAACUCUAAGAUAUACAUGUAGUUAUUGAUUUCUCAAAUUCAAAUUCGUCUGCAGCAACCAGGAUGUUCCUCGAUUCAAAUUCUAGAAAAAAGAAUUACUGACUCUA